GAGAGAGAAAGAGAGGAGAGAGAAGAGAGAAGAGAGAAAGAGAGGAGAGAGAAAGACAGGCGAGAGAAGAGAGAGAGAGAAAGAGAGGAGAGAGAAAGAGAGGAGAGAGAAGAGAGAAGAGAGAAAGAGAGGAGAGAGAAGAGAGAAAGAGAGAAGAGAGAAAGAGAGGAGAGAGAAGAGAGAAGAGAGAAAGAGAGGAGAGAGAAAGAGAGGCGAGAGAAAGACAGAGAGAAGAAAGAAAGAGAGGAGAGAGAAGAGAGGAGAGAGAAGAGAGAAGAGAGGAGAGAGAAGAGAGAAAGAGAGAAGAGAGAAAGAGAGGUGAGAGGAGAGAGAAGAGAGGAGAGAGAAGAGAGAAAGAGAGAAGAGAGAAAGAGAGGCGAGAGGAGAGAGAAGAGAGAAGAGAGGAGAGAGAAAGAGAGAAGAGAGAAAGAGAGGAGAGAGAAGAGAGAAGAGAGAAGAGAGAAAGAGAGAAGAGAGAAAGAGAGGAGAGAGGAGAGAGAAGAGAGAAGAGAGGAGAGAGAAGAGAGAAAGAGAGGAGAGAGAAGAGAGAAGAGAGAAGAGAGGAGAGAGAAGAGAGAAGAGAGAAAGAGAGAAGAGAGGAGAGAGAAGAGAGAAGAGAGAAAGAGAGAAGAGAGAAAGAGAGGAGAGAAGAGAGAAGAGAGAAGAGAGGAGAGAGAAGAGAGAAAGAGAGGAGAGAGAAAGACAGGCGAGAGAAGAGAGAGAGAAGAGAGAAGGGAGAAGAGAGGAGAGAGAAGAGAGAAAGAGAGGAGAGAGAAGAGAGGAGAGAGAAGAGAGAAAGAGAGAAGAGAGAAAGAGAGAAAGAGAGAAGAGAGAAAGAGAGGCGAGAGGAGAGAGAAGAGAGGAGAGAGAAGAGAGAAAGAGAGGAGAGAGAAAGAGAGGCGAGAGGAGAGAGAAGAGAGAAGAGAGGAGAGAGAAAGAGAGAAGAGAGAAAGAGAGGAGAGAGAAGAGAGAAGAGAGGAGAGAGAAGAGAGAAAGAGAGAAGAGAGAAAGAGAGGAGAGAGGAGAGAGAAGAGAGAAGAGAGGAGAGAGAAGAGAGAAGAGAGAAAGAGAGAAAGAGAGGAGAGAGAAGAGAGAAGAGAGGAGAGAGAAGAGAGAAGAGAGAAAGAGAGGCGAGAGAGAGAAGAGAGAAAGAGAGAAGAGAGAAAGAGAGGAGAGAGGAGAGAGAAGAGAGAAAGAGAGGCGAGAGGAGAGAGAAGAGAGAAAGAGAGGCGAGAGGAGAGAGAAGAGAGAAAGAGAGAAGAGAGAAAGAGAGAAGAGAGAAAGAGAGGAGAGAGGAGAGAGAAGAGAGAAGAGAGGAGAGAGAAAAGAGAAGAGAGAAAGAGAGGAGAGAGAAGAGAGAAGAGAGAAGAGAGGAGAGAGAAGAGAGAAGAGAGAAAGAGAGGAGAGAGAAGAGAGGAGAGAGAAGAGAGGAGACCCCUGAGACUCUACAGCAGUAGUAGAGUAGAGGACGGAAACCCAGACACCCUGGUUAAGAACUGGCUGACCCUGGAUGAGACGAUCCUAGCAGACUACCAGAGAGAGGGGGAGGGACCAGGGAGGACGUCUGUGGAGAGGGGAGACCAGUGGUCCAGCUGGCUAGAGGACGGGGGAGAACCCCACCUCUCCUCUCAUUCCCCCUCCCUCCCCCUUCCCGUCCGUCGUCAGCUCUUGCACUUUGAACUCUGCAUAUGA